AUGGGCGAAACUCUCACUUCCAUUUCUCCCCCACUUGUUUUCUCCAUCUUCUUCCUUUUCAUCUUUUCACACGUUCUUUCUGCAGAAAAUGAACUUCCCAAAACCUUCAUCUUCCGCGUUAAUUCUUACUCCAAACCCUCAAUUUUCCCAACCCAUUAUCACUGGUACACCGCUGAAUUCACUGAACAAACCCAUAUCCUUCAUGUUUACGACACUGUUUUCCAUGGUUUCUCUGCUGUGCUCACAAGACAGCAAGCUGCUUCCGUAGGGAACCACCCUUCGAUCCUUGCGGUUUUUGAGGAUCGUCGUAGACAGUUACAUACAACUCGUUCACCCCAGUUUCUGGGUCUUCGUAACCAGCGAGGUUUAUGGUCUGAAUCUGAUUAUGGUUCUGAUGUUAUUGUUGGAGUCUUUGACACUGGCAUUUGGCCUGAGAGACGGAGCUUCUCUGAUGUGAACUUGGGUCCUAUUCCACGGCGGUGGAAAGGGGUUUGUGAAUCUGGUGAAAAAUUCUCACCCAGAAACUGCAACAAAAAACUCAUCGGUGCUAGAUUCUUCUCCAAAGGUCAUGAAGCAGGUUCUGGUUUUUCCGGUCCUUUGAACCCCAUCAAUGAAACCGUUGAGUUUCGAUCUCCUCGUGACGCCGACGGUCAUGGAACCCACACAGCCUCCACAGCCGCUGGUCGUUAUGCUUUCCAAGCAAACAUGUCCGGUUACGCUUCUGGAAUCGCCAAAGGUGUUGCUCCGAAAGCAAGAUUAGCGGUUUACAAAGUUUGCUGGAAGAAUUCCGGUUGCUUUGAUUCUGAUAUCCUCGCUGCCUUCGACGCAGCAGUCACUGACGGUGUUGAUGUAAUUUCCAUAUCAAUCGGUGGCGGAGACGGUAUAGCCUCACCUUACUAUCUCGACCCAAUAGCAAUCGGAUCUUACGGCGCCGUUUCCAGAGGCGUAUUCGUUUCAUCCUCCGCAGGAAACGAUGGUCCAAGUGGAAUGUCAGUAACCAACCUUGCACCAUGGUUGACCACAGUGGGAGCAGGCACCAUCGAUCGUGAUUUUCCAGCGCAGAUUACCAUGGGCGACGGGAGAAAAUUCUCCGGUGUGUCACUAUACUCCGGAGAAGCUUUGAACGGUAAAAUGUAUCAACUAGUUUACCCUGGAAAAUCAGGGAUUCUAGGUGAUUCACUCUGCAUGGAAAAUUCACUGGAUCCGAAACAAGUAACAGGGAGAAUUGUAGUGUGUGAUAGAGGGAGUAGCCCUAGAGUAGCAAAAGGGCUUGUUGUGAAGAAAGCCGGUGGCGUUGGAAUGAUCCUCGCAAACGGAAUCUCAAACGGCGAAGGACUCGUUGGAGAUGCUCAUCUUCUUCCUGCUUGUGCUGUUGGUUCCAACGAAGGAGAUAUAAUCAAAGCCUAUAUCACUUCAUCGUCGAACCCAACUGCUACGAUUGAUUUCAAAGGGACUAUCCUCGGAAUCAAACCGGCUCCGGUUCUCGCUUCUUUCUCAGCAAGAGGACCCAACGGUUUGAACCCUCAGUUACUCAAACCGGAUUUGAUAGCUCCAGGAGUUAACAUCCUUGCCGCUUGGUCUGACGCUGUGGGUCCAACUGGUCUUGAUUCUGACACCCGUAGAACCGAGUUCAAUAUUCUGUCUGGAACAUCAAUGGCUGCACCUCAUGUGAGUGGCGCUGCCGCGUUGCUGAAAUCUGCUCAUCCAGAUUGGAGUCCCGCCGCCGUGAGAUCCGCCAUGAUGACCACCGCUUCUGUUUUGGAUAACCGGAACCUCCCUAUGUUGGAUGAGGCUACAGGGAAUAAUUCCACACCUUAUGAUUUCGGCUCGGGUCAUCUCAAUUUGGGUAAUGCUAUGGAUCCUGGAUUGAUCUACGAUAUUACAAACACUGAUUACGUUAACUUCCUCUGCGCUAUUGGUUACGAACCAAAGGUUAUUCAGGUAAUUACUCGCGUGCCAGAGAAUUGUCCCGCGAAGAAGCCUUUGCCGGAGAAUCUGAAUUACCCGUCGUUCGUGGCUAUGUUUCCGGUGGCUUCAAAAAAAUUAGCUUCCAAGAUGUUUAUAAGGACUGUUACUAAUGUGGGAGCGGUGAACUCAGUUUACCACGUGAGUGUGGAGUCACAGAUUAAGGGGGUUACGGUGACGGUGAAGCCGUCACGGCUCGUGUUUUCAGAGGCUGUGAAGAAGAGGAGUUAUGUGGUGACGGUAACGGCGGAUACACGAAAUCUGAAACUGGAUCCUUCUGGAGCGGUUUUCGGGUCGCUUACGUGGACGGAUGGUAAACACGUUGUUCGGAGCCCCAUUGUUGUGACUCAAAUAGAACCGUUAUAG